CAAAAGAAAACGGCAUGUAGUACUUCGAACUGUGCUGUGGAUGCUAUAAAUGGAAAGCACACGACGUCGUAUCUGUCAUCAGUAUAAUCUGAGCCGUUGGAUUAUACCCGGAGCGCAAUCGAAGAAGUACCGAAUCAGAUUACGAGCCCCUCUGCAACCUAAACCCUCGUAGAAGCCUCUAGAACUCAUAAUCACACCCAUAAAAAAGCCUCGACUUUCACACACGCACAGACUCACACUUCCCUAAUUUUCCUGAAGAUCAAAAUCUCAGUCUAGAAUCUUAGGCUCUCAUCUCACGCUCGCGAGAAAAUGGAUGAGGACUUUGACAUGCCAGUGCCGGAGGAGAUGAACGGGGACUUUGAUCUCCCCGACGAGGGUCCCGUUCUCAAGGUCGGUGAGGAGAAGGAGAUCGGCAAGCAGGGCUUGAAGAAGAAGCUCCUCAAGGAAGGUGAAGGUUGGGACACCCCAAAAAAUGGCGACGAGGUUGAAGUUCAUUAUACUGGGACAUUGCUCGACGGGACUCAGUUCGAUUCGAGCCGUGACAGGGGGACUCCAUUCAAGUUCACUCUUGGACAAGGACAAGUGAUUAAGGGAUGGGAUGAAGGUAUUAGAACGAUGAAGAAAGGUGAGGAUGCGCUUUUCACCAUCCCUCCUGAGCUGGCUUAUGGAGAGUCUGGAUCCCCACCAACUAUCCCUCCCAAAGCCACAUUGCAGUUCGAUGUUGAAUUGCUAUCGUGGACCAGUGUCAAUGACAUAUCCAAGGAUGGUGGAAUAAUUAAGAAGAUCUUGAAAGAGGGAGAAAAAUGGGAGAACCCAAAAGACCUCGAUGAAGUUAUAGUUAAUUUUGAGGCUCGGCUUGAUGAUGGAAAAGUUGUUGAAAAAUCUGACAGAGUGGAAUUCACUGUCAAAGAUGGUUACUUCUGUCCUGCGCUAUCAAAGGCUGUUAAAACAAUGAAGAAAGGGGAGAAGGUAUUAUUAACGGUGAAACCACAAUAUGGAUUUGGGGAUAAGAGUAAGCCUGCAUCUGGUUAUGAGGGUGCCAUUCCUCCAAAUGCCACUCUUCACAUCACUUUAGAGUUGGUAUCAUGGAAAACUGUCUCAGAAGUGACAGAUGACAAGAAGGUUAUUAAGAAGAUCGUGAAAGAAGGGGAGGGAUUUGAACGUCCAAAUGAAGGGGCUGUUGUUAAAUUGAAAUUGAUUGGGAAGCUGCAAGAUGGUACGGAAUUUUCGAAGAAAGGUCAUGCUGAAGGAGAAGAGCUGUUCGAGUUUAAGACAGAUGAGGAGGAAGUGAUUGAUGGGCUUGAUAGAGCUGUCCUGACAAUGAAGAAGGGUGAGGUAGCACUCCUGACCAUUGCACCAGAGUAUGCAUUUGGUUCUUCAGAGUCCCCACAGGAGUUGGCUGUGGUACCUCCUAAUUCGACAGUCUACUAUGAGGUUGAGCUCGUAUCUUUUGAAAAGGAUAAGGAAUCAUGGGACAUGAAUACCGAAGAAAAGAUUGAAGCUGCUGGUAAGAAGAAGGAAGAAGGGAAUGCACUGUUUAAGGCAGGUAAAUAUGCAAGAGCUUCCAAGAGAUAUGAAAAGGCUGUCAAGUACAUCGAUUAUGAUACUUCCUUUAGUGAAGAGGAGAAAAAACAGUCUAAGGUGUUGAAGGUUGCUUGCAAUCUUAACAAUGCAGCUUGCAAGCUGAAGCUGAAAGAUUAUAAACAGGCUGAAAAGUUGUGUUCCAAGGUGUUGGAAAUCGAGGGUAGAAAUGUGAAGGCCCUGUACAGAAGGGCUCAGGCAUAUAUUCAGCUGGCAGAUUUGGAUUUGGCUGAGCUCGACAUCAAGAAGGCUCUUGAAAUAGACCCCAACAACAGGGAUGUGAAGUUGGAGUACAAGACUUUGAAGGAGAAGAUGAAAGAAUUCAAUAAAAAGGAGGCCAAGUUUUACGGCAACAUGUUUGCCAAAUUGACCAAGUCGGACUCUCCGGAUUCCAAUAAAACAGCAGCUAAAGAUGCUGAACCCAUUAGCGUAGACAGCAAGGCAUAAGGGGACUGCAUCACAUAAUCGGCUCGCAGCUUCCAAUUGUGUCAUUAAGGAGUAAAUUCCUAGCUUUUUUAAAUUGUGUAGGACUACUUGGUCUUGGCGCAAAGAAGUUGUAAUGGAUGGUUUACUAAAACUGGAUUGUUGACAUUGAAUUUUGUAAGUUAAAUAUUUUUCAAUACACCUUA